AUGAUGUGGCAAUUCUUUCGUUCGGCCAGCAAACCAAAGGCGGACCCUCCACGCGCUCUACCAGCAUCAUGGUAUCGAUCUGAGGCAAUGUACCAGCUGGAAAGACGGGCAAUCUUUUCAAAACGCUGGUUGCUUCUCACUCACUCAAUUCGCUUCGCGCAGGCAGGUGACUAUCUUGAAUUUACCGUGGCAAACUUCUCCUUCUUCCUCAUUCAAGACCGAGACGGGAACAUAAAUGGCUUUCACAAUAUUUGCCGCCAUCGCGCAUUCCCCGUCAUCCGUGCUCGCUCCGGUACAGCACCUAUCAUAUCCUGCAAAUACCACGGGUGGUCCUAUGGGCUGAAGGGGAAUCUGUCAAAAGCACCUCGGUUCGAGACUGUGCCAGAUUUCGACAAGAGCAAACAAUCUCUCCUCCCAGUCCAUGUUCACAUUGACAAGGCCGGUUUCGUUUGGGUUAACCUCCAAGCUGGAGAGACCGAUGUGAAAUGGGAGGACGAGUAUGACAAUGUGGAUGAACAACCACGAAUGCAAGACUUCGACUUCGCGGGCGAGUUCAAGUUUGACCAUUAUUGGGAAAUGGAACUUGAUGCCAACUGGAAGGGGGUGAUAGAGAACUACAAUGAGUGCUAUCACUGCGCGACCUCCCAUCCACUCAUCAACGGAGUUUCAGAUCUGCCGAGAUACCGCGUCGAGCCCAAAGCACAAUACAUGGAGCACCAUAUCUUCAACAAAGAGGCAGCUGACAGCCAGUUCCGCCGUGCUAUUACUUACUUCUACCCCACGACCUCAGUCACGGUAACUGAUAAAUUCUUCUAUAUCCAGCGGAUGAUACCUGUAUCUGCCACUUCGAGCAAGAUUGAAAACGAAGUCUACCGUCACCGAGAUGCCACCGAUGAGGAGUUUGAAAAUAUCAACGCCUUCUAUAGGCAAGUGUUGGACGAGGACAAGGAGCUCUGCGUGGGAACUCAAGAAAAUCUCAGUGCAGGGGUGUUUACCAAUGGCGAACUGCACCCUACCAAGGAGAAGGUACGCACCCGCAGAUGCCAUAAGGUUGCAUAUAUUAACAGGCUGCCAGGGACCCAUACAUUUCCAGAAGAACGUGAGACAGAUGGUCAUGGAACACCGGCAACGGGAAGAGAAGCAAGCCGGAGUGGAGAUCUGGCCGGCAACACCGAAAGUUGA